AUGGAUGAUCAAACAUGGUAUUUGAGAACUUCAAAGUUGGCUCUCGCCUUGGCAAUUAUUCACUCAAAACCAGCAGACAAAAGCAGCAGAGAACAUACAGAGUACCUUGCGAGGGUGGUAUCUGGGCAGGAGUCACAGUGGAGUUCAAAAGUUGAAGCUUUGGAAGCUGAAGUGUUACAGUUACGUCAAAAACUUCUUCUAAGCAGUAUUUGUUCCAGAUCAUUUAAGAAUGGUGAGUCAGACUUAUCGUGGCAGACGCAGGAACCUAGAAGUUCUGAAAAUACAUUAACUUUCUUGGAAGAUUCUGGGUGUGACUUAUCCAAUGAACAGAGAACAGAACCUUCAGAGCUGUCCCAGCAUUCUGUGGAGAGCUGCACCCCUGUACUCCUCCCACCACUGCCUAUUGUGAAAGGACAUUGUGCUACUCUGGAAAACCCUCUGUCUUCUCACAUGCAGUUCUUGCAACAUCUGCUGCAACUGAAGUGCUUGACAGAAUCAGGGAGUGUGCAAACAGACUUAAGCCACUUUGAAAACAACUCUUCCACAGUGUCCGAUUCUGUUCUUCAUUUGCUAGAUGGCCUGAUCACAUUGUACCGUAAAUCCAAAUUUCCUUUUUCAAGCUUUUGGACAGAAGCUGUUGAUACUAUAGUUAAGCUGAUCAAUGAUAGUAGUUUAUCCAAUUAUAUUUUUAAAAAGUGCUUCAAGAAGUUAGAAGAAUUUGAGAAAACUCUACUACAAGUUAUUUUAAAGAACAACCAAAUAAAUCGGUUUCAGGUGCAGCAUUGUGUCUCUCAGAAUCUGGUAACUCUGGGAAGUUGCAGCUUGUUGAGAAAAUCCAUAAUAUCUCUACUUCUAUCAGAAGUAAAUAGUUUUGCUGAUGAUCUGACCACCUUCAUUCAGGUGCAAACCAGUUAUGAUGUGGCACGCUAUGAAAAUAUUUUUUCCCUGUUUUGGAUUCUGGAGCAGCUUCUUCUAAAGGAGACUAAAGAAGGUAACAAUUCAGAUACAAGGCAGAAUGACCAAGAAAUCAAGAAAUUUCUUCAUAAGCAUGAUGAAAUUAUUUCCCAACUCUCUGAUACAUUCCCUUUAUUUACUUGUUAUUUGUGGAGACUGGGCAUUCUCUUGAACUCAGAAGGGCCAGAAACUUGUAAAUAA